AUAAUUCCCGGCCUGGCUCCCCGGGAGACGGGCGGCGGGGCUGGCACCUGGCUGGGUGGGGCCGAGGGGCGGUACACACCCUGGGAAAAGCCAAUGAGAAAAUCAAGCCCUGUCCAAGGGGGCGGUGCCGUCGGUCACAUGCACACCUGGGGCGGGCGGUGGCGGAGGCGCGGGCACCGCGAGCAGGCAGCAGGGAGCGGGGCCGGGCUAGGGCGGGGUUAGGCAGGUGACUGACAGGCUCCGGGGGGCUGGCCCCAACUGGGAGCCCCAAGCGAGCAGGCAGUAGCUGCGGCGGUGCCCGCCCCCUCUCUCCGCCCCUCCAGCGGAGCUGGUCUCUGGCCGGGCACCGUCGCGGGCCCCCCUGGCCCGGCCACCUGGGACUGUGCUAGGGAAUCGGCCACCUCCCUCUCUCCCCUCGCCCGCAAAGUUUGUGGCGAAGCCGGCGUCCGGGCAGAGCGCGCCCCCGGGGGGAGAUCGGGGAGCGCCCGAUGCCGGGAGACAAGAGCCGUUGACCCGGACGCCGCCGUCCGGGCAGGAUCGCGGAGCAGCAGACAAGUCCGCCGCCUCCGGUGCAUGGGGCCCGGCUGAAGAGUCAGCAUGGGCAACUGCGUGGGGAGACAGCGCCGGGAGAGGCCGACCGCCCCGGGACACCCCCGCAAGCGAGCAGGGCGCAACGAGCCCUUGAAGAAGGAGCGGCUGAAGUGGAAGAGUGACUACCCCAUGACAGACGGGCAGCUGCGGAGCAAACGGGACGAGUUCUGGGACACAGCACCUGCCUUCGAGGGCCGCAAGGAGAUCUGGGAUGCCCUCAAGGCUGCCGCCUAUGCAGCUGAGGCCAACGACCAUGAGCUCGCUCAGGCCAUCCUGGACGGAGCCAGCAUCACCCUGCCUCACGGCACCCUCUGUGAAUGCUACGACGAGCUGGGCAAUCGCUACCAGCUGCCCAUCUACUGCCUGUCGCCGCCUGUGAACCUGCUGCUCGAGCACACUGAGGAGGAGAGCCUGGAGCCCCCUGAGCCCACGCCCGGCGUGCGCCGCGAGUUCCCCCUAAAGGUGCGCCUCUCCACAGGCAAGGACGUGAGGCUCAGCGCCAGCCUGCCCGACACAGUGGGGCAGCUCAAGAGGCAGCUGCAUGCCCAGGAGGGCAUCGAGCCAUCCCGGCAGCGGUGGUUCUUCUCUGGGAAGCUGCUCACAGACCGCACGCGACUCCAGGAAACCAAGAUCCAGAAGGAUUUUGUCAUCCAGGUCAUCAUCAACCAGCCCCCACCACCCCAGGACUGAUGAGCCCAUGGGCCCUGGGAGGAGAGGCCGAGGGGGCCUCCGCGGGGCUGAGAGGCCUCUGGCCUGAGCGCUAGGCUCCCCCAACUCUGCUGCUGCCUCCGAGUGCUGUUCCUUUCUUCAAGGGCGCCUGCUGUGUGUGGCUGCUGGGCAAGCCAUGAAGGGAUCCUGCCUCCCAGGGGCACCGUGGGCCACCAGUGCCCCACCCCCAGGAAGCAGUGCUGCCUCACCCAGGCUUUGCCAACCUUGUCAGAAAAAAGGUGAACUGGGGUGUUCCAUCCUGCCUCUCUCCCGCAGCAGGUUCCAGCUACGAGGGCCGGCCUGGAGGCCCCUGGAGCCCAGAUCUGUCAUCUGGUGCUGCUGGCUGUGCUCACUCCGGUUUUCUGCUCAG